CUGAUAGUGCUUAUCGCGAUAUGAAACGACUGCUGCAUAGUCAAUCGAUCAUUGUUUCCGGAGAAUCUGGAGCCGGCAAAACAGAGUCACAGAAGUGCAUUCUGCGUUAUCUCUGCGAAUCAUGGGGAUCCACUGCUGGCCCAGUUGAACAGCGAAUCCUUGAAACUAAUCCAAUUCUGGAAGCAUUUGGUAAUGCGAAAACAGUGCGCAACAACAACAGCAGUCGAUUUGGGAAGUUCGUCGAAAUACACUUCAAUCGAAAGGUAACUGCUUUUGGGAAACUUAUUCAGUGUUUAUUGCGAAAUAACAACCAGCAUGCGAUGCGUUUCCUAACUUUUCGGACCCCGACUUCAACUUGCGUGCUGGAAAGACCAGAAGGUGACUUGCGCGACGAGCUUGUGGACGAUUAUGCAGAUUUUCAAAGACUGCUAAAAGGUCUGCGCAGCAUUGGUUUCAGCGAGCAAGACGUGAACAUUAUAUUCGCUGUGGUCGCUGCAGUACUCCAUCUCGGCAAUGUUCAUUUCAUUGAAAACCUCGAAGAUUCUAAAGGCGGAUGCAUGGUCGAGCCGUCCAAUGAAGUCUCGCUUCGGCAUGCCGCGUCACUACUUGGUCUGGACGACUUCGAACUGAAAAGUGGUUUGACCACUCGAAUCAUGCAGCCCGUCAAAGGAGGCGACAAAGGCACCAUUAUAAGGGUGCCACUAAAGCCGUAUGAAGCAUCGGCUGCUCGUGAUGCGCUUGCAAAAGCCGUUUAUAGUAGAUUAUUUGAUGCCAUCGUUGCCCGUAUUAAUAAGUGCAUUCCAUUCGGUGACAGCGUGUCUUACAUCGGCGUUCUGGAUAUUGCCGGGUUU